AUGGCUUCCUCAGCUUCAUUCAUGGCAAAUUUAAGCCCAAACCCACUUACGGUUUCUCCUGAUGUUCAGGUUUCUAAGCCUGGACACUAUGCUUCUUUUGGGCAGGUUAAAUUGCCAAAGUGGACAAACUUGUCGCCCCGGCAAUCACUUUCUGCCUUCUCAGUUGCACCAGGGCUUGCACCUGUUAUAUCAGAGACCAGCUCUUGUUUAGCCCAUGUUUGGAGAGAGAUUCAAGGUUCAAACAAUUGGGAGAACCUUGUUGAGCCCUUAAACCCUCUCCUACGUGAUGAGAUCAUACGUUAUGGAGAGCUUGUCACAGCGUGUUACAAGGCCUUUGAUUUGGAUCCAAACUCGAAACGCCACUUGAAUUGCAAGUAUGGAAAGAAGAGCAUAUUAAAAAAAGUUGGCCUUGAAGACUCCGGUUAUGAAGUAAGCAAAUACAUCUAUGCAACACCUGAUAUCAAUGUUCCAAUCCAAAAUGGCGAGUGCUGUGCUCGUUGGAUCGGAUACGUUGCAGUGUCAAACGAUGAUGCAGCAAGGAGGCUUGGAAGAAGAGAUAUUCUUGUAACAUUCCGAGGAACCGUGACGAAUCCAGAGUGGAUUGCAAACUUCAUGAGUUCCUUGACACCGGCAAGAUUAGACCCUAAUAACCCCAGGCCUGAAGUGAAGGUGGAGUCAGGAUUCCUGAGCUUAUAUACAUCAGAAGAUAGCAAUCGACGAUUUGGGUUUGGGAGCUGCCGAGAGCAGCUUCUUUCCGAAGUGUCUCGCCUUGUUAACAAGUAUAAGGGUGAAGAGGUGAGUAUAACAUUUGGUGGACAUAGUAUGGGAAGUGCUCUAGCUCUUCUUCUGGCAUAUGAUAUCGCGGAACUCGGCUUGAAUAGAGAUGAUUCAAACCAAAAAAUACCUCUCACGGUAUUCUCGUUUGCCGGUCCUAGAGUGGGGAAUCCUGGCUUCAAGGGGAGAUGUGAGGAAUUGGGGGUUAAGGUUCUAAGAGUAGUGAAUAUUAAUGAUCCCAUUACAAAGCUACCGGGGGUUCUCUUCAAUGAGAACUUUAGAGUAUGGGGAGAUAAAUAUGAAUUCCCAUGGAGCUGUUCAUGUUAUGCCCAUGUGGGAGUUGAGUUAGCUCUUGAUUUCUUCAAGAUGCAAAACCCGUCAUGCGUUCAUGAUUUAGAAACUUAUAUUAAGUUAUUGAGAUGUCCUAAGAGGGUUCAAGUUGAAAGGGAUGGAGAGGAUCUUAUGAAUAAAGCAAAGGAGUGGCUUUUGAGUGCACAGAAGUUGGAUACAUGGUCAUGGCAAAAUGCUGCAAAGAACAUCAUGGCUAACUUCAAUGUCUAA